CGUAUCGUAAGGAACUGAGGAGACCUUCUCUGGUCGAUGCAUCCACCAGUGUUCAAGUAGUUUUUCCCUACAUCAUACGUAUUGAGCAUCAACCAAUGUUCAAAUACGUGUUCAGGAGUGGGAGAAGGUGUACUAUGCUGCCAGUACUCAUCUCGUGAAGGAAGAAAAGGAGAAGAAACUGGACGAAGCAGCGGAACUCAUUGAACAGCAACUUCAUCUGUUGGGAGCUACUGCUAUUGAAGACAAGCUUCAGAAGGAUGUUCCGGAGACGAUAGCGACACUCCGAGAGGCAAACAUGAAGGUCUGGGUCCUCACUGGAGACAAGCUAGAGACUGCCGUCAACAUUGGCUAUGCUUCAAAGCAGUUGGUGGGUGGAAUGGACAUUAUGACAAUCAGUGACCAGGCAACCAUCACUGAUGUCCAGAGAAAGUUGAGUGAGUUCUGUGGCAGAAUUGACCGAGGGACCACUGAAAGACAUGCUGGACUGGUGAUAGAUGGAAAGUCUCUCAGUUUUGCCCUCGACUCUGCAGUGGAGAAAGACUUUCUGAAUCUUGCUCUCUCUUGCAAAUCAGUCAUCUGCUGCAGGGUGUCUCCGCUACAAAAGGCAGAAGUGGUGAAACUCGUGAGAACAAACGUAAAGGACAGCAUCACCCUGGCCAUUGGCGAUGGUGCUAAUGAUGUCUCAAUGAUUCAGGCGGCUCAUAUCGGAGUUGGCAUUAGUGGGAGAGAGGGUCUGCAAGCUACACUUGCCUCUGACUAUGCCAUCUCACAGUUCCGGUUCCUUGCCAAGCUCCUGCUGGUCCACGGAGCCUGGAACUACAGAAGACUGGCCAACGUCAUCCUCUACUCCUUCUACAAGAACAUCUGUCUCUAUAUGAUUGAGUUCUGGUUUGCCUUUCUGAACGGGUUCUCAGGGCAGCCACUGUUUGAGCGAUGGACCAUUGGACUAUACAACAUACUCUUUACUCUGCUGGCACCGAUAGUUCUGGGUAUACUGGACCAGGACGUCAGUGCCUCCACCAGACUGGCUCAACCUCAUCUCUACAAGACCUCUCAACAGAACUCUGCCUUCAACACCAAGAUGUUCUGGAAGUGGGUGUUCCUGGCUCUCUUCCAUUCCGCUCUCCUCUUUUAUGCCGUCUACUUCCUACUGUGGCACGAGACACCGUUUGAGAAUGGUCAGGUGUUUGGGAUAUGGUACGUGGGAAACACAGUCUACACUGCGGUGGUAGUGACAGUGAAUGUGAAGGCAGCCAUGGUCACCCAGUACUGGACACCCGUAAGAUAAAACGCCCUUUCCUUCCUGAAAAUUCUCUCCUCCCUCCAUAUGUUUCGCAGUUGACACACUUUGCCAUUUGGGGGAGCAUUGCAGCCUGGUUCUUGUAUGUCUUAGUCUACUCUCAUUUCUGGCCAACCUUUCCCCUGGCGGUGGAGUUUGUUGGUCAAGACUUUAAACUCUUCACUUCCUUCACUUUCUACGGUCUGUUUGUUCUGGCCCCAGCCGUUGCCUCUCUACCAGAGUUCAUGUACAUUGUAUUUCAGAAGACGCUUUGUCCGACUAGCAUUGACCGGGCCAUUGUGGCUGAUGUUGAAGGUAGAGGUGGAAAGAUGAUAGAAAGGGACAGGGAGAUGGGCCUGUCAGUAUCCUACUCUGUGUCAAGUGGUUCCAGCACCUAUGGAGAUGGUAUGGAUCCGGGAGAAACAGAGAGAGCACUCACUUACAAACAUGGAUAUGCAUUCUCUCAAGAAGAUCACGGAUCUGCGACAAAGGGUACCUUUGUGCAGCGAAGGGACCUGGUGAGGUUUUACGACACACAGAAAGGACACACAUGAGUGGACGUUUUACCCUAAUUUUUAUAUGUACAGUGUGCUUGUGUGUGCAUGUGUGCGAAAACGGAAUAGAGUUUUGAUUCAAUUAACUUUUUAGCUUGACAUUGAAGAUAGGCUCGCUCAAUUUCGAUUACAACGUAAUGACAUGAAAAUGUAUUAAUAUUUUUGUCGGUCA